ACAUCACAGGAGACCACUCCAUCCUCCUCCUCCUCCUCCACCACCACUACUGCUCCAGCUGCGGGCACGCGAGUGAGCGUGCGACCAAUCACGGCUCAGAUCAGGCACCCACGUGGCGCACUGACGUACGCGUGGGCGUGCGUUCUCAGAGAAGCGCGCAGCCAUGGCGACAGCUACUCAAGCAGAAAUAUUUACCCGCUCCGUGGACGCCUUAAUUCAGGGUUAACUCACUUCAGAAGCAGACACUGGCGUAGACGGAAUAUGUUGCACCAGAUGGCGUGGGAUUCAUCCAAUGACGGUGACGGCCCCGCUCCCUUCUCUGAACCUGCUCAGUUGAAGCCCUCCACCCCGAACCUCUCAGAGCGUGAACUCUCGUGUCACUGUUGUUAUGACAUCUUAGUGGACCCCACCACCCUGACCUGUGGCCAUAACUUCUGCCGCCACUGUCUGGCUCUGUGGCGGGAGUCCUCUCACAAGAAUGAGUGCCCAGAGUGCCGGGAGAAGUGGGAAGGCUUUCCUAAAGUCAACAUAGUGCUGAGGGAUGCAAUCGACAAGCUGUUUGGUAAGGAAGUUCAGCGGAGGAAAGCAGAGAUCCAGGCUGACCCCAAAGUCUCCCGGAGUUUGCUGGGCUUCCAGAGUUAUGGUGACAACUUGGGUCGUUCCAGGACAAGCCAGCAUAAAGGAGCAGGCUUCUUCUUUUCUGGAGUCCUGACUGCACUCACAUUUGUGGCUGUGAUGGUGCUGGUGUAUCACUGGAGCAGCGGUGUGGUAGACCAGCAUGACCCGUUGAUCAGUAAACCCGUGUCUCACUGGACACCGGAGGAAGUCGUGACCUGGCUGGAUCACUUGGGUCCCUGGGCCCAGCAUUACAGAGAACCCUUCCAGCAGGAGAACGUCAAUGGGAGGUUACUGUUGAUGCUGGGGGACGAAGAGUUGUUAAAACCUCCUUACAGCAUCGAAAAUCAAGCUCACCGACGGGCUGUUCUGGCUGAACUGGACAGAGUUAAAGCCCUGGGGGUCAAACCUCCGCACAACCUCUGGGAAUACAAGGCUGCUAACGCAGGGAAGUCUCUGUUCUUGCUGUACGCACUGAAGGACUCUCCUCGCCUCACACUCUUCUAUUUGUAUUUAUUCGACUACUCGGAAACCUUCCUGCCUUUCCUGCACACAUGCUGUCCGGCCAUCUCUCCCAUCGACCACUCUGUGGAGAGCAGUUUCCUCAACACACAGUCGGAGCCCAGUUGGCGCCAGUGGGCAGAGUUUCUUGUGAAGUACCUCCUGCUUCCAUACCAGCUGAUUGCAGAGUUUGCUUGGGACUGGCUGGCCGUCCACUACUGGACAUCUCGCUUCAUCAUUGUGAACACCAUGCUGCUGUCUGUGUUGGAAGGCUGCGCCCUGUGGAGACUCUGGACAAGAGCCAGGAUCAGGUCUCUGCCGCACAAGAUGUGGAGCCACCUGUGGAAGAUGUUAUCUCAGGGGUUUGCUUUCGCCCUCCUGUGGCCUUUUGUCCCUCAGUUUGUGUGCAACUGCUUUUUCUACUGGGCUCUAUACUUCAGUCCCAUUAUUAACAUAGACCUGGUGGUGCAGCAGCUGAUGCACCCAGAAACACAGGCACUGUAACAAACUGCAUGUAACGCAGUGCCCACUUAACGUACGAUUCACAGCAAAUAAAAUAGCCAGAAAUGCA